AUGGAUCUGAAGGAGCGUCCUUUGAACGUAAGAGGCGACAAGAUAAGCGAAGAAACCAAGAGUUUGAUCUCUUCACUUCCUUCGGACGCAGAUGGCCAAGGGAAGAAGCUUUGUAAGUAUCAAGGAUGCUGGUAUUACUACAACACUCUCCAAGGCGUUCUUAAUUUCCACAGAGGUUUUCAACCGCAAGACACCGAUAUAAUCCUCGCUUCUUUCCCCAAAUCAGGCACUACAUGGCUCAAGGCCCUCACUGUCGCCCUCCUUGAGAGAUCGAAGCACCGUUCGUCUGAUGAUCAUCCUCUGCUCUCUGAUAAUCCUCAUGGAAUUGUACCAUUCUUAGAGAUUGAUGUAUAUAUUGAAAGCUCAAGUCCUGACUUGUCCAAGUUCUCAUCAUUUCCAAGGCUGUUCUCGACUCACAUGCCACUUCACACUAUGCAAGAGACACUCAAGGACUCGUCUCCUUGCAAGAUUGUGUACAUGUGUAGGUACGCGAAGGACACGUUGAUCUCGUGGUGGUUUUUCGUGUGUGCUAUGCAUAAAAUAGAACUAGACAAAAGCAUUCUCGAGUAUAUACACAAAUCGUUUUGUAGUGGAGCUAUCUAUUAUGGACCUUUUUGGGAACAUGUCCUGAGCUAUUGGAGAGGAAGCUUAGAAGACCCCAACCAUGUUCUUUUUAUGAGGUACGAGGAAAUGAAAGCAGAGCCUCGUGAUCAGAUCAAGAGACUUGCGGACUUCUUGGGGUGUUCUUUUACGAAGGAAGAAGAAGAUGUUGGGCUAAGCUUGAAGUGUGACUUGCGGAAGAAGUAA